GUUCCGGGUCACGGUGCUGAUGUGGCCGCUCUUCGCGGAGGAGGCGGUUCCACCAUGCUGAGUCGUCUGUCAGACCUGGCGAAGGGUGUCAACACUGUGCUGCAGGAUCUUUCAGGGGAUGAUAGUGGAGAUGGGGCCAGCGGUUCUCAGGAGGUGGAGACCAAUCAGCAGCCUGAGAUGGAGGCCUGUCCUGAGAUAUCAGAGGAUGUGUUGGAGCGUCUGGCACAGACUGAGCAGCUUGUGGAUCAGCUCAAAGAACUCAUACGUGAGAAAGACUUGCAGCUUCAGAGUAAAGAGGUUGCAAUGAAGGAGGAGAAGGAGCUGUUUGAUGCCAAAUUGGCAAAACUAAAGCUGCAGGCAAAAGCAAAGGUUGUCUCGUUAAAUGCUCGGAUCGAGGAACUGCAGAAACAAACAUUAUGUAUUCCCUCAUCACAGCCAGAGGAGCAUUCUGCUGAGGUGCGUCUAAUACAAAGCUCCGUACCAGAGCAGCAAGAUGAGAUCCAAAAGCUUAAGAAUCAACUUGAGCAACAGGAGGAGAACUGUAAGACCGUGCAGGCAGCUCUCAAUAGUUCAAAGGACCAGCUUCAAGCUGCCAAUGAACUUCUGAAGCAGAAAGAGACUGAACAUGCACAGCAGCUCCGUUCUGUUCAAGAGGUCAUUCUCAAAAAGGAUACACGAUUCCAAGAGCACAUUCAGAAACAUGAGGAAGAGCUCGCAUCCGGAUCUGAAAUAAACAAAGAGUUGCAACAAACGGUGAAAUCAUUACAAAGAAAGCUGGAAGAGAAGGAGGAAGCACUGCUGGGACGGACGCGGGUGGUGGAGAUGUUGCAGCAGGAACUGAAUGAUAGCGAUCAGAAAAAACAGGUCCUCGGGGAAAAGCUGCAAGAGGCCGAGGCCAGCAUUGCUAUAUUACAAACUGCACUAGAAUCGGAGAAAUUAUCGGCUGAAACACGGCUGAGGGAGGUGACUGAGAAAUAUGAGACUGAGUUAAUGGAGAAGAAUUGUACUGUCACACAGAUGCAACAGGCACUGCAAAAUGCACAGUCAUCCUGUGCUGAUCUGACAGCACAAAACCAGGAGCUGCAAAGUGUGAUGGAAGACCAAGAGAGAAUGUGCAAAAGAUUGACUGAUGAAAUAAAGGAGUUGCAAGAUGGACUGAAGAAGGUUGAAGUCAGUGAGCAAUCGGAAUCUGAACUAACGUCACAAAGGGAGACAUCUGUCCGAGUCCAGGAGCUUGAGGAGAAAAUCCAAUUACUACAGACUGCUGCUGAGGAACAGGAGUUGGCAUCACAGAACAGAUUGGCAGAACUAGAAGAAGAGAAGGGAAGUCUGAUGUGGAAGACAAUGGAUUAUGAGGAGGUCAGGACUGAAAACGAACAUCUGCGAGCUAGGAUUAAAGAACUGGAACAACAGGAGGGAACUGAGGCAUUGGCUCACGAUGCUCCAGGAUACACUCAGUGUGGGGACACUGGCAGCAAUAUAUUGGACACCAUGGUACUGGAACAACCAACCCAGUCUGGAGACAGUUCAUUUGGCAUCACAGGGCAGGCAAACAAAGCGAAAGUUCUUCAGGAUAUUGCUGAACCAGAACCAAAAGCAGCAGAUCUGACAGAAGUUCAGCAUGGUGACGCCGAGGUCGGGGAGUGCAGCGAUCUCGAUUCCUUACAGAGGGCUAUUUCUGAAAAAGACAAAGACCUUGCAGCUGUUACACACCAACUAGCAGAAGCUCAAAAGGAAAUAGCAAGGCUGAGCCAGCAGCUGGUUGACAAAUCGGGGAUAGGACAACCAGAAGAUGGAACUGGCUCACAAAUCCAGCUGGUGGACACAAAUCAGUUUCUGCCCUUGGAACACAAGUUCAUGUCAAUAGCUGAUAAGAAUGUGAAUGUGUUGAUACAGGAGAAGGAAGGAAAGAGCUUCAUCACACUGCUGGAAGAGAGCAUGAAGUCAGGCAGUGAAAUCGAAAGCACCAAUAUUUCAGUGGAAGUAGAGGGGAAGACUACCUCUAUCAUACAAGUACAACAAAAGAGUACAACGGUUGUCCAUCUGGAUGAGAACAUCUACUCCACCACAGAGCUGUAUAGUUCUGGGGAGCAUCUUGAAAAUAGUUCCAUUGCACAGCGUGGACUGCCGAUGGCCUCAGGAAAGGAGCAAGAUGAUGAGGUUGUUCGAAAAGUUCAUGGGUUUCGAAUGGUUGAGGAUGGAGAGUUUGAGAAACUACAAGCUCGCGUACAGGAACUUGAAAAGAACCUGGAAGCAGCAGAGGCCUUGUACAGAAGGCAGCUAAAUGACAAGCAAGAGGAAUUUGCGAGUUUAAAUCAGAAACUUUUGAGUUGUGAGAAACAGGCCGAGGAUGCAAAGGAAACUAUCAAUAAUCUGCAUUUAGAAAAGGACCAACUCCUCAGUCAGAUUCAGCAAUAUGAGGAGGAGUUGCAUUCAAUAACUGAGCUGAAAGAAAAACUUACAAAAGCUGCGGAGAAUGCAGCAAUUGAAGAACGGAGACAUCUGUUGUUUUUGGAGAAUACGAGCAUACAGAGUGGCUUGUUGGAAGAGCAACUUCACAGUGUCGAAAAUGAAUCAAGGUCAAAAGACAUGAAAAUUGAAGCCUUGGAGAAGGAGCUGGAUGCUAUCCAGUGUCAGGUCUCUGAGCAGAAUGUAGAGGCUAAAGCUAUAAGAGCACAGUUGCAAGAGAAAGAAGAAGCACUCUUGAGCUUGAAGCAGCUCAUCGCAGAUGAGGAGUCCAAAGUUGAAGACUUCAUGCAGAAGUUAGCCUCUAAGGAGCAGGAACUAUUAAGUGUGCAGCACAGCUUAUCGGAGCAAACCAGUAAAAUUCAGCAGCUUCAGACGAGUCUGACAGCAAGGAACGUUGAAAUGGCUGAGCUUUCCAUGAGCAUGUCUGAGAAAAUGGUCGCACUGAACGAAGACAAAUUCUCCCUGGGAAAUGAAGUAAAACACUUGAAGGAGCAACUUGUAUUGUUGCAAAAAGAACAGGAGGGAAUUGGAGGCCAGGAGAAACCCAUUGUUGAGACCAAGCUGUCCCCUCAGGAGAAAGAACAGGUGGACCUGCUACAACAUAAUGCUGCUGGGUUUGAAUUGUUGUUGGAAGAGAAAGACAGUUUGGAAAAGCAAGUGGAAAAUCUGAAGACGGAGAAUGAACAGAUAAAAAGAAAACUGCAAGCCGCUUUGAUAAAGCGGAAGGAGCUUUUGAAGAAAGUGGAAGAAAUGAAUCAGACAGCACAAAAGAAAGACCUUCAGGCAGAGGAAGUCUCACCAACAGCGCCUGGGUCAGAAUGUGGUGACUUUGUAUCUUCAGAGUUGCUGAGCCCCCCCAAAGAAGCACAAUCUCAGGAUCCACAUACAAUUGACCUGACCAGAGCACUUUCUGAAAAAGAAGCCGACUUGCAACGUGCUAACAGAAACCUGCAAGAUGAAGCUGCCAAAGUGAGUCAGCUUCAGAAUUUGGUAGAAGGUCUGAAACAGGACCUACAGGAAAAAACAGAUCAUGUGAAUUCUUUAGAAGCUGAUCUAUUCGCCAAGCAGUUAACAAUUCAACAGCUAAUGUCUCAGCCUGAGGUGGAAAAGAAGUGUGUGGAAUUUGAGUGUACUGAAGUAGAUUCUGGAAAGAAUGUAGAUGAGUCCUUCACCACAUUGGCAGGGUUGGCAAAAGGCAAACAAACUGAACUCGAGUCAAAGCUUUUCACCCUGGAGCAGGAGAAAGAUCAACUACGGAAGAAACUCGAGGAGGCUGUCAGUUCACGCAAGGACAUGAUCAGGAAGGCCCAGGAAAAGACCAGACAUCACCGGGAGCAAGUGAAACAACAGAAAGAGGAGUAUAAUACUCUGCUGGAGAGUUUUAAUGAGCAAAAUCUGGAGAAAGCGAGCAUCUGUGAGGAACUUUCAAAAGUGAAAGAGCAAUUACGGUUAUUGGAAGAGAAACAGUCUUCAGAUGUGGAAAUGCAAGCAGGGAAGCCAUCUUGUGAGGAUCAUGUCCGAAAGGCAGAUCAGCAUUCAGGCUGGAGCUGUGAGGAGAUGGAAUCUUCAGAAAUUGAACCAGUUCAGACAUUCAUAGGUCUGUCUGGAUCAGGAAGUGAUGAUAUUUUUGUGGCGCAGUUAAAGGAAGACCUCCAGAUGUUGCACAGAGAGAAGGACAGCAUUACAUUAAAACUGCAGCACUCAGAAAAUCUUCAACAAAGAGCAAAGGAAGAAUCAGCAGAGCUUCAAGAUCAAAUUUCCGAGCUGCAGAGAACUCAUCACUUGGAGAAGGAGGAACUACUGAAAGAACUUGACCUUCUGAAGAAGAGGAAACAGGAAAUAGAAGCAAGUGCAGAAGACCUUAAAACAGCUUUAGAGAGAGCCAGGGCUGAAAGUUGUGCCUCUGAAGACUUGGCCACACUAAACAAGGAAUAUGAAGAACUAAAGAACCUUUUGCAGAAAAAAGAUGAGGAAGUCGAACAUUUCCAAGUGCAGUCGAAGGAAAAAGAUGUACUCCUCAACAACCUGCAACAGAAGAUAUCUGAUCAGGAAGAGCAUGUGAGAGCUUUGGAGAUGCAAAUGGCACAGCAAUCCAAACAGCACGAAGAACAGAUAAAGCAGUUCCAAACUGAGAUUCUGGAAAUUCCGCAGAAGCAAGAAGAAGAUGCUGAAGAGGCAAAGUCCAGACAGCAGAUACAGAGGAAGCUACAAGCAGCCCUGAUCUCACGGAAGGAAAGUUUGAAGGCAAAUAAGUUGCUGAAGGAAGAGCUGGCUUCUGUAAUAGCAUUGAAAGAAGAAUUAAGUAGCAAGAUAAGAGAAAUGGAGAAAACCACAGAGGAUCUGAGGCAAGACAAAGAGGAUCUGCUGGCAAAAAUGUUGAAUCUCCAAGAUCAAAAGGAAAAAUUAAUCACCGAAGUGGAUAGAUCACUGACUGAAAACCAGAAUCUCAGUGCUUCAUGUGAGAGCCUGAAGCUGGUCAUUGACAGUGUAACGCUGGAGAAAGGAAACUUGCAGCAGGAGAUUGAAUUCUUGAAAGGAGAACAAGCAGCUGAAAGCUCAGAGUGGCAACGCAAACACCGAGACCUCCAGAAGGAAUACGAGACCCUCCUGCAGUCAUACGAGAAUGUUGGUGGUGAGACUGAAAGGAUGCGCCGUGUGCUGGACUUUAGCAAGCAGGAGAAUCAGGAGCUGCUUGGUAGAAUUCGAGAAGCUGAGGCUCAGAAACUCCAAUUAGAAAAGCAAGUACAGGAGGCUGUUCAGGAGCAGGAGGGAAUGAAAGAGAAAAUGAGGAAGUUUGCUAAAUCAAAGCAGCAGAAAAUUAUGGAGCUUGAAGAAGAAAUUGAGAAGCUUCAGUCAGAGCAACUGCCUGAAAUGAGUAGCCAGAUUACACCGUCUGUCACUCCCGACUCAACACAGCAUCAGCUUCAGGAAGAGCUGCAGAAAGCAGAGAGAGAAAUUGAAAAAGUUACAAAUGAACUUGAGACAUUAAAAGCUCAGAAGGAUUCUUUGGAUUCGGAGGUAAAUGCAUUGCGGAAGCAACUGAAGGAUCUGACUGAGAAGCUGGACAUAAGUGAAAAAGAAUUGGAGAAAAUUCGCUGUAGUGUCACUGCAGGGCAGGAAGUUCAGAUAGAAGAAGCAAUUGUACCAUCCCUUGUUACAGAGGUGAAACAAGAAUUCAGCAACAAAUUGGGUCCUUCUGCAGAGUCACCUACAACCCAUGCCUCUACUGAGGGCUCGCAAGAAAUCCCUGAUCCCAGUGCGCUAGAUGAAAUUGCCAGUUGCAGACCAGAAUUGACACAGCUAACCGAAAAUCUAACACAGACGGAAACUGACAAGCAAAUGUUAGAGAAUGAGGUGAGUGAAUUGAAGAAAACGAGUCAGCUUUUGAAAACUGAGAAAGAGACUUUGGAAGAGCAAUUGCUGAAGUGUCAGGACGAAUUGAAACUGAUGCAAAGGUCUGUAUCUGAGCAGGAGAAGGAGAAUCACCAAAUGAUUCAACAAGUGGAAGAGUUAAAGAAGGAGAAAGCAGCUGCAGAGUCGGAGAAGGAUGACUUGGAAGAGCGAUUAAUGAAUCAGUUAGCAGAACUCAAUGGUAGCAUUGCUAACUAUCAACAGCAAUUAAAAGAUGACAGUCACAACAUUUCAGGCCUAGAACUAACCGUGAAAGACACCCAGAAGCAGAUAGAUAACCUGGAAGAAGAGGUGAGGCAGCUCAAGAGUGAGAAGGCAGAAUCUGCAGCCAAGAUGCAAAAGGAUUUUGAGGAAAAAGUCAAGUCCAUGCAAAGGGGAAAAGAAGGUCGUAAAGUCCACAACAAAGAACUGCAGGAGCUGCUUAAGGUGAAACAACAAGAGGUAAAGCAGCUGCAGAAAGAUUGCAUCCGGUACCAGGAGAAGAUCAGUGAUCUGGAAAAGACCGUCAAAGCACUGGAAUUCGUUCAGCAAGAAACCCGGAAGAGUUUGGAUGCUGCAAUAAAGGAAACGUCAACAAAAAUUGAGGAAUCCAAAAAGACUGAAGCAGAAUUGUUUUCCUGUAAAGUCCGACUUGAUGACACCCAAAGUGAGGCAGCUAGGAUCCGAGCAGACAACCUGAAACUGAAAGAAGAACUCCAGAUUAAUGAGGAAAAGGCCCGCGAGCAAGCUAACAGCUUGGAAGAAGAACACAAGAGAAAACUUCACCUCCAACAAAAUGAACAUAGAAAGCAGCUCAGAAAUAUGCAAGAGAAAUUGGAGCAUUUGGAACGGGAGAAGAAGCAUGCUGAAGACUCUAUUAUUGAGCUGAAAGACAUCUUGGAAAAGAAGAAAAAGGAAACCACUCAAAUUCAAACUGACUUCAAUGAAAAUUUGGCAAAGCUGGCAGCCUUCACUCGUAGCAUGUCCUCUUUACAGAAUGACCGGGAUCGAAUCAUUGAUGAGUCCAAGACAUGGGAAAGCAAGUUCAACGAUGCGAUUCUGAAGAAAGAGGAAGAGAUCAGGGAUAAGGAAGACAACUGCAACGAGCUGAAGGAGCAGCUGAGACAGGCCUCCAUUUAUAGCAAGGAACUGGAGAUCAAGCUGUCCAGAUUGGAGCAGAGUGAACAGGAAUGGGAAUUAAAGCUCAAAUCUGAAGACGAGGUUCAUAGGCAGACAAUGAAGAAAAUUGAGGAGGAAAACCAACAGCUCUUCUCAAAAUCAGAAGAAUUCCAGAAGCUUCACAAGGACUCUCAGAACGAGCUCCUGAAGAUGACGGAAGAGGUUAAGAGCCUGACAGGAAAAAAUGCUGAUUUGAGCAGCUUGCUCGAGAAGCUUGAGGCAACCAAAGGCGAGCUGGAGGAGAGCCUGAGGCAGCAAGAGGCCGAAGCACAAAAUUACUUGCUGACCUGUGAACAGCUUCAGUCUGACCUCCAGAGCUCCAAAUCUUUAACUGAGAAGCUGCAUAAAGAAAUUGGAGAAAAAGAGGAAAAGAUUGUUUCACUCCUGGCUGCGAAAGAGGAGGCUGUUGCUAAUGCCAUCAGUGAAGCCCAACAGCAGCAUGCUGAAGAAAUCAGACACUGGGAAAAUCAGGUUCAGAGGAUAGAAGAUGAGAAAUUGGAGAGAGAGCGCACAGUCCGAAAACUGCAGAAAGAAAUUGAAGAUCUGGAUGCAAAACUGAAGAGAAUUGAAGAAGAAUUAAAGCAGAACAAGGUCAAGUUAGAGUCUUUCACAAAGUCCAUGGCCUCCCUUCAGAAUGACCGGGAGAGAGUGCUGAGUGACUACAAACAACUCGAGCAGAAACACAUCGAGGUGAUUGUAGAAAAAGACCAACUGAUUCAAGAAGCUGCCACCGAGAACAACAAACUCAAGAAUGAAUUAAGGAGCCAGCAAGGGCAGAAAGAUGAUUUGAACUCUGAAAACGCCAAACUCAACGCACAGCUCUUGCAAUACAGAGAGGACCUUAACCAGGUGAUUUCAAUGAAGGAUUCUCAGCACAAGCAGUUCCUAAAAACUCAGCUUGAGAGAAUUAAAGCAUUGGAAAAUGAGAAAUCGGACAUGGAGAGACUGUUAAAAGAAGUGGAGCAUGGGUCAGAUGAACUCAGUCAAGAAAACAAAGCUCUGAAGGACGAGAAGCGAAAUCAGAAGGACAAGUUGCAAUUAGCAGAGAAAACCAUUAGUGAGCUGAAGGAAGAGGUGGAAAGGUUGACAGUUGGUGGGCCUGUGCAGCUGCUUCAGCGUCAGUUGGAUGAGAAGACUGUGGAGGUGGAAAAACUGACGGCCAACCUCUCCUCCAUGCAGGACACGGUGGCUGAGCUGGAGCUGAAAGUGGUCACAGUUGAGAAGCAAACUGAGCAAAAGCUGCGUGCUGCCGAAGUCCGGUACGAAAGUGAACUCCAGAACAUGCAGCACAAUGCCGGCAUUAUGAGAAACGAAACCGAAACAGCAGAGGAAAGAGUGGCCGAACUGGCCAGGGACCUCAUGGAGACUGAACAGAGAUUGCGGGAAUCAAUUGAAGAGGCUGAGCAACUCAAGGCACAGAAUCUGUCUUUUGGGAAAGCCAUGAGUUCUUUACAAGUCGAUCGAGACCAUCUCCUUGGGCAACUUGAGGAGUUACAGAGUAAAUACACAACUGACUUUGAGCUGGAGAAGAACAGAAGUGAAGGUCUAUAUCAAGAGCUACAGCAGUCUAAAACUGAUUUCCAUAAACUGCUGGAAGAGAGGGAUUGUUUGUCAUCAGAGCUGGCAGCUAUGAAGAGCAGCAGCAUUGAAACCAAUCUGCGGAUUCGCAUUGAUGAACUGAGCAAGCAGCUGUCAUCCAAAGAGCAGGAUGUGCAUGACUUAACCUUGGAACUAGAAAAUUCAGCCAAUCAACUGAAAGCAUUCUCCAAAACUGUGACAACAUUACAAGAUGAAAGGGACAGACUGAUGGACGCAGUGACCAAAAGCAAGAAGGUUCAUGAAGUUAAGCAGGGCUCUGCAUCAACGCCUUCAAAGCCAGGUGAAGCGCAGAGUCUGAGAAACGCGCUGUCUUCAUUGCAGAAUGACCGCGAUGGACUGCUGGAGGAGCUGGCAAAGCUGCAGCAGCAGUACAUGCAGUGUAGGGAAGCGACAGCGGAACUAUCCCAACUCCGGAGCCGACUCGAAGCCCAGACCCAGCAGAUUGCCGACUGCAAAGAGAUCCAAGAGCAACUGGAGAAGGAUCGUGUUUCCUGUCAGGAGGAGCUUGGACAGCUGAGAUCUGAGAAGACAUCUUUUACCAAACAGUGUGAGAGGCUGAAGGAACAGUAUCUGAUCGCUGUGUCUGAUAAGGAUAACCAGAUCCAGGAGCUUCAGAGCCUGUGCCAGGAGUUACGACUGAAGGUGACCCAGCAGAGUCCUGAAGAGGCGGUGAACCCUGGAGAGAUGCUGAAAGGGCUGCAGACUGAGAACAGCCAGCUGAAGUCCCAACUGAACAACAGCUUGAAAGAGCUUCAUCAGAAAGAACUUCGCAUCCAGAAACUCAACAGCAAGAUGUCGCUGGUGUUUGAGGAGAAGGUCGCACUCUCUGCUCAGCUGCGAGGAACGGGGCAGAGCCUGCGUGAGACACAGCACCGACUGAAUGAGUUACAGGCACGUCACCUAACUCUGGAACAACAGCUCCAGUCUUCGGCAGAUCUCCUGGAAGAGAAGAAGUUGAGCCCCUUGAUUGAUGCUGCCCCCGGUGGCCCCCAGGAGAAGGGCAGAGACGAGGAACACGUCAAAGAGAUGGAACUCAGACACCUGAAGCAAAGGCUGUUUGAAGCUAAACAGAUGCAUGACAGAAGUGAACAAGAACUCCACCAAUUGGAGGGAUCUCUUGCUGAAGAACGGGAAAAGCGAUUGGCUGCUGAGGAAGCCCUGUUGUCAGCAGAGCACCGACUCAAAAGUGUGGAGCUGAGCGAGUGGGUCAGUGCCCAAGAGCGAAACCUCAAUACCUCAGCGAUGGAGGAGCAUUCAAUGCUGAUCGAGUUACCAGAAAGUGCCACUCCCAGCAAGACUCGUAGGGGCACCAGAGUGAGGUCGUUUUGUUCCCUGCUGCAAUCCCGAUCUCGGACCAAGUUGCUGUUUGCUGUGUAUUUCAUUGCACUGCACACCCUUGUUCUCCUGUGCUUCACCGGGAACCUCUAAACUCCAGUACCCAUGGUGCUGAGGGCAGGAAGCUGACCGAGUCCAGUAACAACAGGUCAUCCCAGGAGCACCAACCUUCUCUCUACUUGGAGUUGAGACUAUGUUUUGCUUUCCAUGAGAUUUCCCUCCGAUUUCCUCUCUACACAGCAUUGCUUUUGCUAGGGGUGUUUUUGUAUACUGCUUUAAUUGAUGGGUGGCAGUCAAUAUUUUGCAGUGCUGGAGGGGGAGUUGAUCUUGGAGCUUGUCCUAAACGAUAACUCAGGAUUAGGUCUUGUGGACAUAUCAUAGGUCACAGGUCAACUUGUGGAUGUCAGAUUUGGACACUCAGAAGAGUAUGACUGUCAAACACAUCCCCCCCCCUUACACUGAUCUCCUCCUGAACAUUAUCAAGCCAUGUGAAUGAACACGUUUACCCUGUUUCCUUUCUGAAGGGAGGAAUGCUCCCUCUGAUGAAGCACAAUAGCCUUUUCCAAUUCUAUACACAUUCCAACACUAGAAUGUAGAUGUGCUGAAAGUGAUUUGCAGUACUGGCGAAGCUCCAGCAGAUGGUGAUGUUGCACCACAAAGAUGGCUGCAGCAGAGCGAUGAGAUAAUGCUCUGGAGGGGGAAAUGACUGAAUCCCCCCCUCCCCAUAAAUAUAAAACACUAAGAAACAACUUAAAUCUCAUCACCUAGGAAAGGAGAUGGGCAAGAGAGUAAACCAAACUGAGAUCCUUUCCAGCAGAUUGUAGUGCAGAAAGACAAUUACCAGCUCUCAGUUAAACAUGUGGGUAGAUUUCGGGACAGUGCUGGCCGUAGACAGCAGGUCAUGGUACAGCGGCAGAGAAGGUUGUGUUGGAAGAUGCAACACUUCACUUCUGUUCAGGUACACUGGACACACUAUCCCAAAUUGUUUUUCACUGGUUUCAGUGCCGUGGGGACUAGGCCCCAGGCUGCUGCCUGGCAGCUGGUUGACAAGUGCCUUCCUACUUCACAUUUACACUUUAUUCAUUUAAACUCCUCGUGGUUUGCAACUCAUCUUUGAAAUUGUUCUGAAUCCCAAACGUGUGUUGGAUAGGUCCUGGCCCUGUGUCUGGGAGGAUGGGUUGGAAUUGGUGGGUGACAUGGAGUGAGGGAGUACUGGUACAUUGAUCACACUCACCCUGUGGGUGAAGUGCCAGAGUAUCGUUAAUGCCAAGGUUAGGUUGUCUGCAACUCUUCCUGGGUGAGUGACAACCAGGGCUGGGUGAAUAGUGCCUUGUUUGGUUGUGGUUUCAUGUGGGUGGGGCGUCAGUAAGAGAUUUAACCCUUAGCAGGGAGUUAGCAAUGAAGGAUCAGACGGUUUCCGGUGAAUGUGGAUCCUUGAUCAUUUUCCACCGUUGGAAGGAGAGGAUUGGCAUGAUGCCCAGAGAGGGCAAACUGUGGAUCACCAGUGUAAAUGUCCUCUGGGUAUAGUGAAGAAACAAUGAACAGAAAUAUCCUGAGAAUACCCCCAGACCUUCACACCAGCUCACCUGGAUGGUGCCAGUCCCCAACCACCAGAGGACGAUCCCAUUUAGCACUGAUCCUGAAAUUAUCCCAAUCCCAUGGGCACAGUGUGGAAUGUCCUAUCAUUGAGGGAUGCUGAAGGAGGGCCAGACUGAUGGAAUUUUAAUAAGAGACUCUUAACAGCUUACAAAAUCACCAGGAGUUUAAGUCAUAUGUUUUUAUAAAUAAAAUAUAUAUAAAUAUUUCAAUGACUAAGGGAAAUUUCUACUUGUACAAUGAGUGAGUGGUCGACGCUCAUCAGAAACGAUCCCAUACAUAUAAUUUAAUAGAUUGUCUAUUUAUUUUAUGCAAAUCAGAUGAGCACUUUGUUCUUUUCUUGGGCAUGAUGGAUAAAACGGCUGCCAAUAGUUCCUGACAAAGUCUGUAAGAUCUCUGCUGGAAAGUGAACCCCUUGAAACACCUUUUCAUAUGUCAAUGGACAGUGGGGAUGAGGGGGCUAGCUGCUCCCAACAGCAUUGGUGCAGGAACCAGCAGAGGGCAUGAAGAGGGAAGGGCUGCUGGGGCAAUAUCAAUGACCAAAGCUUUCAUGUAUGGCUUGAAAUAAAAUAUUUUUGAAAUCAAA